CACCUACUGUAUUGUACUAACUUGAAGGUACUGUAUGUUCACCCAAAUAUUUGGUGCGUAAUGACCUACACCUUUUAUUGUAUCUCUUAAAUUUCACUUUUGCAUCUGAAGAACAUAAUUUUUGUGUAGGUUGUGCCAUCAGUGACAAUUGGAUUUACAGUUUAUGAUGUGAUGAAGUUGUGGCUCAAGGUUCGCUCUGAAGGUGAAGUGGCCACACCAGUGGUUAGAGAAGAGACAAAGUAGACAACUGUCUUUCCUUCUCUGGUUGAAGUCAUUAAACCCCAUGAAAGUGAGAUCUAAGUAACUGUUGCUCCAGUCCCAUAUUCUAAUGAAGGAUUUGAUUCUUUUGGACCUCUAAUGUUAGGUUGAAAGAAGAGCAAUUCAGUGGGUAAUUCCCAUCAGGACCUGCAGGACCUGCUGCUGCUGCUGCUGCAGCAACCAGCUAGUGCAAUAACUCUGGCAGGGUGCACCUCAUGUGCUAGCGUACAAAUGCAUGGCCUCAAGUUAAGACACCUGGAGCUCAGAUUGCACAGAUGGAGAGAUAAAGAGGGAGUCCUUUUCCAAGGACCAGCCAGUUUUGGUCUGAUCUUCUGAUCAAUAUCCACCUGCUGCUGCCCUCCAUGGGAUAGCUCACCAUCAAUGCAUCAUCCACUGUUACCCAGUUCUUUCCAUCCAUAAAUAAGGUUGUCUGCAGAGUGAGUAACUUUUGGUUUUCCAUUCAAACUGCAGCUGGAGGCGUCCAUGUUUUCAUGCUAAGAUGCCAGGUACUUAUCUUUGAUGUGUGAGGAAAGAUAAAUCCUGCUCAUGCCAUCUGCAAAACAUCAAAUAGAUUCUUAUUUGUCUACUUCUUGUUCCCGUCUUUCCUUGCUUUUUCCAAAGAAAUCAUCCAGUUAGCAUUGGUGGUCUCAUAAGAUAGUGGGGGACACCAGAGGAGUUUGUUAUAAAACCAUUCAUGUGUUCAGCAGUUCAGUCAUGGUCCACCUCUCCAAUGACUCCAGAGUUGGAAUUAUGACCUUCUGACCAUCUGACCUUAGUUUUGCUUCCAUCAACAGGCUUAUAUUUCAAGCUAUUCCUGACUUCAAAUUUUGCAACUUUGGAUGUGUAAUAAACACAUGGAACUUUGAUGCUGAGAACAAAAAACUAUCCAUAUUUUUCAUGAUGAAAUUUGAGUAUUGGUCAGUGUGGUCAAGGCAGUGCUUCUGAUGUGGAAAAUUAUUCCAAAUAUGCAUCUGAGAAGACAUCUGAUGCUACUGUUCAUCUGUAUGCAACUGUUUCGUGUGCUGUUUUAGGGUUGCAGUUGGGGAAGAGUUCUGCACAGAAAUAUGAUUGCCAUGCUAAUACUAGUAUUAGAAUGAACAAAGCACAUGGUUGAUUCAUUAUUGAGAAAUCAAGGAAGCUUGUCACUUGUUUUGUCCAUUUAGGCGUAAGGUUGACUGGCAUAUCAUAUUUAAAUAUAUAUAUAGUCAUAAUGGAGAAUGACAUGUUCAAUGCCUACCUUCCAAUGGCAAGUCAUAAUCAUAUGGUCAUCGAUCCAGGCUCAACAAAUUUAUUUCCAGAUCAAUUCGUCCAGUCAGGUUUACUAGAUCCAAACAGCCAGAGACAGAUAAUGGCUAACAAUCCUUCAUUCUCAAGCGCACAGGAAGAAGCAAUGAACAAUCUCUACAUAACCAGCAAUGGUGGGAUCAAUGCUUAUUCAUCAGUUUCAAGGAAUGUGUCUCAUCCUGGAGAUGUGUUUAGUGCUUCCACUGGGAACACUGAUUUCAGAGAAAAUCUUGUGGCAGCUAACCUCUCUGCUACUUCACUUGCAAAGCUUUUGUCUGCCAGCACUGGGUUUAAGAACCAUACUGAUGCUGCUAGCAUCAAUGCUCCUUUGGCGCCAUUAAAUGGAAUGGGGACUGCCAUAUCAAGUGAUAGCUGUGAAACACGCAAGUCAUCUCUUACAGAAACAGUAAAUUGUGUGUUUGGGCAACAAGAUGCUCAGUGUUUAUUGCUGGCAAGAAAAGAUGCUCAAGAUCAGGCGCCUUCAGGCAAAACGAUGAGUACAGUACGUCCGUCUUACCAUGUUACAGGAAAUUCUGAGUCUGGAUGGCCCUUAAACAAGGCAUUGUUGAACUUUGAUCAGUCAUACAGUUACUACACAGCAAAUAAUGAAUUGUCCUUGAGUCUUGGUUCUUGCCGCUCUCCUAUGAUCAGCAUGCCCAGUGCCCCGGAUCAGUCAUCUGAAGUAAGCUGCUCAGGCAUAACUCAAGUUACAUCAAAGGAUAGCAGGCAGGCUGAUCUCAGUGAACUGCAAGAUUCUUCUCAUAUUUUUCGGUCUUCAUUUCAGGAUGUUGGGUUGGGUAUGGGACUCGGAUCUGCACAAGUACUCCCAAAUAAUGUGGGCUUCUCCCUAUUUAGUAGUUCUUCAGGCCCGGUUCAUUUUCCUCGAGUGCUUCUAGGAUCAAAAUAUCUUCUUGUGACUCAUGAUAUAUUUGCUGAAAUUGCUUGUUAUGCUUUAGAAAAUUAUAGUGAGAUGGAUGAUUCACGUGGUGGGACUGAAGGGGAGGUAAAGACGUCCUUUUCUUCAAGUUGCUCUAGUGUAAGACGUGUUCCUGGAACUGGGUCUGAUGAUUUUCCACACACGUACCAGGAGAUAAAGUCUAAGAGUCAUUCAGAUCUCCCCUUUCAGCAACAUGAAUCUAAUAUCGAAGAAAUCUGAGUUGGUAACUAUGCUUCAAAUGGUUGAUCACCGGUAUAGUCAGUGCUCUGAUCAAAUUCGUGGUGUGAUAUCUGCAUUUUGUGAUGCUACGGAGUCGCACUAUUCUCAAUUACACACUCGCCUCGCACUUCAGAUGAUCACUUCCUUUUAUAAAAACUUG